UUUAUUAAACGGAUACCUCAAACACAGAAACAUGAACUCCUUCGCUGUAGUGGCUACCUUCUUGGCCGCUUUGGCUUGCGCCCAAGCUGGUCUCCUCGUAGGACCAUCCGCUAAGGUACUCCAAGGACCUAGCUCCAAAACCACCGUUGUAGGCCCAGACGGCAGUGCCAUCUCUAGUGUUGCUCCAGGCGGACAAAUCAUUACUGAAGAACACCCAGGAGUAGUAGCCCACACCGCCCCAGUCGUUGCCGCCCCAGUUUUGGCUCAUUCCGCCCAAUUAGUCGCUCACUCUGCUCCAGUCUUGGCUCACUCCGCUCCAGUAGUAGCUACUCAUGCCGCCCCAGUAUUAGCUCAUUCUGCCCAAGUUGUGGCUCACUCCGCCCCACUUUUGGCUCACUCUGCCCCAGUUGUGGCUGCCCACCACGGAUUGGUAGCUCACGGCGCUGAACAAACUGUGGUGUCUGGACCUUCCGGCGUAAUUGCCACUGGCAGAUCUGUAGCUCCAGCUGCAGUAGUAUCUCACGGGGUACCACACGCUGCCGUUAUCGGUCAUGGUGUUCAUGGUAUCCAUGAAGUUCAUGGAGUUCAUGGUCUCGUACUUUAAAUUUCACACAUAUUUGUACAUAAAUUUAUUAAAUAAAAAGAUUUUUAAAAU